UGCUGCGGCGGGGAGGUGGGGCGAGGCAAGGCUUGGUGAGGCGAAGCGGCGGCCGGGCCGGGCCGGGCCACAGGAGGUGGCGGCGGGACCAUGGAGGCGGCGGCCGCUGCUCCGCGUCACCAGCUGCUUCUCCUCAUGCUGGUGGCGGCGGCGGCGACGCUGCUCCCGGGGGCGAAGGCGUUACAGUGUUUCUGCCAGCUCUGUGCAAAAGACAAUUAUACCUGCGUGACAGAUGGGCUCUGCUUUGUCUCUGUCACAGAGACUACAGACAGAGUUAUACACAAUACCAUGUGUAUAGCUGAAAUUGAUCUAAUUCCUCGAGAUAGACCGUUUGUAUGUGCACCCUCUUCAAAAACUGGGGCUGUUACUACAACAUAUUGCUGCAAUCAGGACCACUGCAAUAAAAUAGAACUCCCAACUACUGGCCCUUUUCCAGAAAAGCAGUCACCUGGCCUUGGUCCUGUGGAGCUGGCAGCUGUCAUUGCUGGACCAGUCUGUUUUGUCUGCAUCUCGCUCAUGUUGAUGGUCUAUAUCUGCCACAACCGAACUGUCAUUCACCAUCGAGUGCCAAAUGAAGAAGAUCCUUCAUUAGAUCGCCCUUUUAUUUCAGAGGGUACUACAUUAAAAGACUUAAUUUAUGAUAUGACAACAUCGGGGUCUGGAUCAGGUUUACCAUUGCUUGUUCAGAGAACAAUUGCAAGAACAAUUGUGUUACAAGAAAGCAUUGGCAAAGGUCGAUUUGGAGAAGUUUGGCGCGGAAAGUGGCGGGGAGAAGAAGUUGCUGUUAAGAUAUUCUCCUCUAGAGAAGAACGUUCAUGGUUCCGUGAGGCGGAGAUUUAUCAGACUGUAAUGUUACGCCAUGAAAACAUCCUGGGAUUUAUAGCAGCAGACAAUAAAGACAAUGGUACAUGGACUCAACUCUGGUUGGUGUCAGAUUAUCAUGAGCAUGGGUCCCUUUUUGAUUACUUGAAUAGAUACACAGUUACUGUGGAAGGAAUGAUCAAGCUUGCUCUGUCCACAGCGAGUGGUCUUGCCCAUCUUCACAUGGAGAUAGUGGGUACUCAAGGAAAGCCAGCCAUUGCUCACAGAGAUUUGAAAUCAAAGAAUAUCUUGGUGAAGAAGAAUGGAACCUGCUGCAUUGCAGACUUAGGACUGGCAGUAAGACAUGAUUCAGCCACAGAUACAAUCGAUAUUGCUCCAAACCACAGAGUGGGAACGAAAAGGUACAUGGCCCCUGAAGUUCUAGAUGAUUCCAUAAAUAUGAAACAUUUUGAAUCUUUUAAACGCGCUGACAUCUAUGCAAUGGGCUUGGUAUUCUGGGAAAUAGCUCGUCGAUGCUCCAUUGGUGGAAUUCAUGAAGAUUACCAGCUGCCUUACUAUGAUCUUGUACCUUCUGAUCCAUCAGUUGAAGAAAUGAGAAAAGUAGUUUGUGAACAGAAGUUGAGGCCAAAUAUUCCAAACAGAUGGCAGAGCUGUGAAGCCCUGAGAGUGAUGGCUAAAAUUAUGAGAGAAUGUUGGUAUGCUAACGGUGCAGCUAGGCUGACUGCUUUGCGGAUUAAGAAAACACUGUCACAACUCAGUCAACAGGAAGGCAUCAAAAUGUAAUUCUGCAGCUUUGCCUGAACUCUACUUUUUCUUCAGAUCUGCUCCUGGGUUUUCAUUUGAGAGGCCAAUUGUUCUACCUCACUGAGAGGGAACAAAAGGAUAUUGCUUCCUUUUGCAAGUCUAAUAAGGUCAAUUAAAAACUUCCCAGGAUUUCUUUGGACCCAGGAGACAGCCAUCUGGGUCCUUUCUGUGCACUAUGAACGCUUCUUUCCCGGGACAGUUACAAAAUGUUGUAUAGUCUACCUUUAUUUUUUAUUAACAAAACUUGUUUUUUAAAAGAUGAUUGCUCGUCUUAACUUUAGGUAACUCUGCUGUGAUGAAGAUCAUCUUAAGGGCAAAGGAGCUGGACUGUUGAGUUAUUUUGAGAGAAAGUGAUUUACUCCUGGUUAGUAGUACAUUCUCGGAGGAUUCUGAACCACUAAAGAAUUUUUUGAGUCAGUCUUUGAAUGUACUGUUCUAUAAUUUUUCAGGAUCUUAAAACUAACUCUUAUCUUGAGUCUAAAAAGGACCUCAUAUAGUAGUGAGGAACAUAAUUUAUGCAAUUGUAUUUUGUAUACUAUUAUUGUUCUUUCACAUAUUCAGAACAUUACAUGCCUUCAAAAUGGGAUUGUACUAUACCAGUAAGUGCCACUUCUGUGUCUUUCUAAUGGGAAUGAGUAGAAUUGCUUGAAGUCUUUGUGUUAAAACCUGUAGUGUUUGAAUUCAAAAAGUUUAUUUAUCUGAGUAACUCAGACCUGUUCUGUUUUGUUUUUUGGAGGGGGUUUUGUGGUAUGCCAUUGAUAGUCCAUUUUGAAAAUGCCAUUUUCCUGCCAAAAUGUGCUUGAACCACUAAAUAUGCUGUGGCAUAAGCCAAUUAUUACCAUGGUCAUGUUGGAAUAUUCUCCUUCAAGCUUUUAGAGUUCGGUUGUAUUGUCUGAGUAUAAUUUAAAAAGUCAAGUGGCACUCUAGAUGCUUACAGUGCUUUAAUAAGUUAAUGUUCAUAGCAUACAGACUAAUUUUUCUAUAAGGGAAGGAUUGUCUAGCUGCUUGUGAAAAGUUGUGUGGUAUUCUGUAAGCCAUGUUUUUCUUUAUCUGAUCAAUGACAGUGUUAUUUUUUUAAGAAAUGAAUUACAUUUAAAAUAGAAUAUGGUUAAUGUUAAGUAAUAGGCCUUUUUUUAGAGAGGCAAAGGUAGUUAAUAAUUCAAAUAGAGAACAGAUGUGUGUGACAGUCACACUUGUUAUGUAGUGUAAGUGUUCUGUGGGUUCUCUGUCUUUGUAAGGUUAACAGUGUAGUUUUGAGGUCUCACUACACUUUGAGGAAGGCAGCUUUUAAUUCAGUCUUUCCUUAUCUCAUGUGUGCAGAUGCUGCAACUUUUUAAUAUACAUGGUUGCAUAAUAAAUUCAGUGCACUCUAUAUGGGGAGAGGUGGUAGCUAGAGAACAUUCUGUAUAUAGGUUCUCCAUUUACAGAUGUUCUCAGUCAGAUUAAAUGUUUAAGAUAAACUUGUCAUGGUCUUCUCACAUCAAGUUAAAACUGUCUUAUGAUUACUGGUUUUUACCUAAGAGUGCUGUAAAUGUAAAGUCUGCAGGACUUUUACAGUUCUCUAAGUCCUUAUAUCACUGUGAUCUUACUCUGAGGGGGGAAAAGUAUCAUAGCUGUGAGACAAGACUUUGACUUCAUAGUGCUAUCAAUUCCCUGAUAAGAGGGGCAGAAUAACCUUUACAGUAUUUUGGUCAGGAAGAAAUUGUGGCCAUUUACGCUGAAUGAGUUGCGUUCUGAUAAUGUCUUAUAUCUUAUACAUAAAAUAAAUUUGAAAGACUACUUGGUCUUAAAACCAAAGUAAUUCUAGAAGGAAUGACAUAUUACAUAGGAAUCUAGUAUCAAUUUUAUGUGUUUAAAAACAUCAUGGGGAAAAAUGUUCUUAGAGGCUACUAUUUUGACUACAGUUUUUUUCUGUAGUUACCAUGAUUUCAUUUAAACAAAUGUUUGAGAGGUUUGUUUUUAUAGUUGUGUUAUAUUACCUGUUUGAUAAUCUCUAGUUCUAUAAUCAGGUACUUUUGGGGGGGCAUUUCUUAAGCCUACAAGAUCUGCUUUAUGAAAUCCAGGGGACCAAUGCAUUUUAUCACUAGAACUAUUUUUAUAUAAUUUUAAGAACAUACCAAAAUUUGUCUGAUUUAAAGUUGUAAUAACAUGAUUUCUCACUUUCAUAUAAAGUAAUCAACUUUUGCUAAAGAUAGUCUUCAUUACAUUAAAGGUUGAGUUGCAAUUAUACUAUUCUUGUCAAAGUCAAUAAAAUGUACUUUUUAUAAAUCAGGGAAUUUUUUUUUUUAAGUUGGAAUAUAGUUCUAAAUUGAGUUUAUGUAUUACUGCAUCUAAUUCCUAUGUUGGCUAGGGACAGCUUGAACCCCAGUUUGUUAACACUGAAAAUGAAAGUUACUUAAAAGAUGAAAGAGUUCAUGAUUACUGUGGCCAUAACUGCAGAUAAAUUUGAUGGGAGUAAUACUUUUUAUCACUUAGAAACAUAGUCUUUUGUUUAUAUUGCCUAUCCUAACAUGCUCACCUUCAAAGAUUUAGCAUGACUAAAAUAUGUCCUCUGGCACAUCAUUUUGUCAGUGCCCCAAAAGAGUGAGAGCCGGGCAAGUAUGACUUCUUGGGGCAUAGAUCUCCCUGGCCCUUCCUUCCUUCAUAUCUUUAGCUUUCUCCUGACGUAACUUCCUGCUGGCCCCUGUUUCACAGACCAUUGCCUUCUACCUGUAUCCCCAGCCUUUUGACUGAAUAGUUGCUUUUGAGACCCCGGAGUAAAAUGGUUGAUGGAACUUACGGGAAAUACUUCCAUUUCCUUGAAUUGUUGGGUGUGUCAGGGCGGGGUCUCCCUAUGGAGGUGAGGCUUGGGGUGUGCCUACUAGUUACCCUGCUUUGACUUUAGCCAAAUACAACAAGUAGGGUGGCAGGUGCGAUGGUGGAAGUUGUGCCAGAAGCAGUGGCCAGAGUUGUGUCCUCUGAAGGACAGUCAGGCCUGAACUGCCAAGCCUGUAAUUCUGCUGUAAUGAUAGUGCUCAAGAAGUGCCUUGAGUUGGUAUACAGUGCCAUGGCCGUCAAGAAUUUCAGAUUUCAGUUCUUACUAUAAAUUUUAAGUCGCUCAACCAAUUGCAGUCUUGAUGAGCUAUUUUUUUUCUGUAUGUGUGAGACCUGUCAGAUGUAGACUGUAUUCUAAAACAAACGACAAAGUGCUAACACAUGUAAAAUCAAUAUUGUAUUAAACAUAUCAGACUUGCUGUUUUUCCCCCGUGCACUGAAGGAAUGAUUGUAAAUCACCUGGUUUUUUUGUUUCUUGAUUGUGGCAGUGGCUCUAAGUGGUGGAGAUUCCAAAUAAUGGUUCUGUUACAGCUUAGCAGAAAAAUGCUGAAUUAUUUUGAGAUCUUAAAGAAUAGCACUGGACAGGUCCUGCCAUCUGUUUUGGAAUGCUGGAAUACAAGCCCUUUCUUGGAAUGCUGGAUUCCUAGGAUGUUAGGAUUGUCAGUAUAUUAUUUUCAAUCUCAGUAUUCAAUCUAAUUUGUAAAUGUAAGCUUUCUAAAAAAUGUGGUUAAUUCAACCUGUUUCUUAAAACUUUAAAAGAACUUCAGUAAAUUUGCUUUUGUUUUUAAUAAGAUUUUUGUGAAUUAAGUAUCAUGAACCAUGUUUUGAUAUCCCCUUUUUCACAAUGUGCCAAUGGAAUGGGGUGUUUGAUAUUUCUUUAUAUGUCAAGGAGAUGCUUCAAUAUGUCAAUUGCUUUAAACUUAAAUUACCUCUCAAGAGACCAAGGUACAUUUACCUCAUUGUGUAUAUAAUGUUUAAUAUUUGUCAGAGCAUUCUCCAGGUAUGCAGUUUUAUUUCUAUAAAGUAUGGGUAUUAUGUUGCUAAAUUACCCAAAUGGUACUGUACUGUUUAUAUUGUUCCCCAAAUAACAUCAUCUGUACUUUUUGUUUUCUGUAUUUUAUUGUAUUUGUGCAAAAUUCUUUUGACUUUCUCAGUAUAAUCUCUGCCCUUUCAGAUUGUACAGAAAAUCUCCAUAUAAAUUUUCACUUGUGUUGAAUGAUUUUUGAGAAGCCUGUAAAGGAGAAAAAAAACAUAAAUUGCAUUUCCCCAUAAGUUUUUAAAAAUUGUAUAUUGUAUUUGUAGUAAUAUUCCAAAUGAACUGUAAAUAGGAAAUAGGAGAGUGAUGUUUAUGUUAAGUCCUAACACUACAGUAGAAAAAUGGAAGCAAUGCAAAUAAAUAACUUUUUUUCCCAAA